AUGACCAAUUUCAAGAAGCGACAGCUCACACCUUCACAACACCAAGCAGCAGGCCACGAUGGGUGCAUGACGCUGGACUCGCUAUUCAUCAAACCCACUACCCGCCAGGAACUAGACUUCUAUCAACGCACACUUGAGCUAGAUGAAGCUCUGCACGAGGAGCCCUUGCUUGGCGCAUUGUUGAGCCACUGGAUGCCGCCGUGGCUAGGCCAAUUGAGCCAAAGCGACAUCGACUCACCACCACCACCAACAUCAUCAUCAGCAUCGACGUUGGAGAUCGCCACGACGCAAGACUCGUCCCGAAAAUUCAUCGUGUUGCAGAAUCUAUAUCAUGGAAUCAUCCAUCCCAACAUCCUCGACAUCAAAUUGGGCUCCACUUUGACCGAUGACAAAGUCACACCAAAGGCGAAAAUCGAAAGGUUGAGACAAGUGAGCUUGAAUACAACGAGCGGCACGUUGGGUUUCCGAAUAUGCGGCAUGAAAGUCUACCAAAAUCACCACCACCAGGGAAAAGAACAGAGUCAGGUGGUUAUGCCUCGAGAGUUGUUCAAGGAAAUGCAAUCUUGCAUCACCGCUGACUCCAUGCUUGAAAACAUUGAAUACGACGGAGUUGAACGAGAGGAGAAAACAACUUAUCUUGAAUUCAACAAGUAUUUCGGGAGGGGUCUCGAUGUCAAUAACAUAGCGGACGCAUUGAGGUUAUUCUUUGCGAAUUUGCAUCAUGCAAAAAUGUUGAUCCAUCGGUUCGUGCAACGGUUGCAGCUAUUGCACAACUGCUUACUUCUGUACCACACGCGGAUGUACUCCGCGAGCUUGUUGUUUGUGGUGGAGGGCGACUCCAGAAGGUGGAGCACGGUAAACGGUGCAAACUACGACGAGUUUGACCCCUUGGUUUACGAAUUCGACCCGGCUCAAGAUGAUGAAGAAGAUGAUGAGGAAAAGGAGGAAGAUGAAGGGGAUAAGGUUAUUCGGAUCCCUCUUGGAAACCCAUCGAGAUUAAGCGGGCUAUACCUUAUCGACUUUGCCCAUUCUAAACAUGUCGAUGCAAAAGAGGGACUCGAUGAUAACGUGCUAGAUGGCAUAGAAAACUUGAUUGAAAUCUUUGCUAAAUUGUGA